ACACUAGGGAAGCUGCUUACAACUAAAAUAUUAUUAUUAUAAUAGUAUUUAGCGUAUAGUGUUGGCAUCAAUCAAUGCACUAGUAAUUUUUUUAAGUUUAAUAAAAAAUUAAAUAUACGAUAUUCCUAUAAAAAUACAAUAUUAGAGACGUGAAAAAAAUCAUCGAAUCGUAUUCCAAUCUGGUGAAAACAAAAUAGCGAUUCUGAGCAAAGCGAGGGAGUUACUGCAAAUUGUACUAUACUGAAAGAAUUUAAUCCGUAAAGUUUUUUUUGUGGUAUAAAAAAAAUUAUAUUCAGAGAAGAAAAUGGAUAAUUAUCCCGAGAACAUAGAAAUUGUCAGUGCAAGAAAAGAACACACAUCAAAUAUCAAAUCAACAAUGAAGGAUUUUUAUUCAGAUGAACCGGUUUUCAAAACCCAGAAAAUAGAUAUUGAAAAAUUAAGCAACGACUUUUUUUCACCCAGAGAAAGCGACUACACAUUAGUAGCAAUUGAUAAAAAUAAUAACUCUGUAGCAUCUCUAGCUAUAAAUAGUAUAACAAAACCAGAUAAUGUAUUGAGACAAAGAGCAUUUGCUGAUGGUAACAAGUGCUAUAUAGAUUUAUAUAAUGCUUUAAGAUUCUGGACAUCAAUUCAGUGCGAGCCAUGUCUAUUCAAAAUGUUAAAUGUAGACACAAUGUGGGAGAUUAAAACCUUAGCAACAGCAAAACAAUACCGUAAUCUUGGAUUGUCAACGGCUGUGGCCAAAAAAUCAUUUGAAGCAGCUUUACUCAAGGAUGAUAUCUCAGUUAUUUGCAUGGACUGUACUAAUAACUUCAGUGCAAAAAUAGCUCAGAAUCUAGGCAUGGAGUGUGUGGUAGAAAAACAUUUUUCCGAAUAUAAAGACGAUAAUGGGCAUCCUUGGAUUAAGAACAUACCUGAACCACCAAAUGAUACAGUGAAAGUAUUUAUUUUUAAGAAAAAGAAUUAUAUUAAUUAAGUUUAAUUCAUAAUGUUUUGAUACCUAAGAAAAAAUACAACAAGUAAUAAAUUAUUGUACCUACUCAAUAGUAUCUAUGUAUCUAAUGAUAUAAACAAUACAUUUAUACAUAAACUAACAAUAAAUUGAACAAAGCAUUGUAAAUUGAA